GCCGUCGCCAAAUCUCCCCGGCCUCUCCGCCGCGCCGCCAUGCUCCUCCGGCUCCGGUGCUCCAUCCUCACCCACCUCAUCUCGUCCCCAUCCGCCUCUCCCGCCUCCCAGCUGCACCGCCUCUUCUCCGCCGCAGCGCCCGGCGCCUCCCCGAACGCUAGCUUUGCCGUGGAGGAGUACCUCGUCGCCACCUGCGGCCUCACCCGACCCCAGGCCCUCAAGGCCUCCGCCAAGCUCUCCCACCUCAAGUCCCCUUCCAAGCCCGACGCCGUCCUCGCCUUCCUCGCCGGCCUCGGCUUCUCCGCCGCCGACGUCGCCGCCCUCGUCGCCAAGGACCCCAAGUUCCUCUGUGCCAGCGUGGAGAAAACCCUGGGCCCCGUCGUCGUCGGGCUCACCGGCCUCGGCCUGUCGCGUUCUGAGAUCGCGCGCCUGGUCUCGCUCAGCCACGCCCAGUUCCGCUGCAUAUCCAUCGUCUCCAAUCUGCACUACUGCCUGCGCCUCUUCGGUUCCUUUGAGAACCUCCUGCCUGCUCUCAGGCUCGGCAAGUGCCUUCUCUCGGCCGACCUCGAGACAGUGGUCAAGCCCAAUGUUGCGUUCCUGCGGGAGUGCGGGCUAGGUGACCGCGACAUUGCCAAGCUCAGCAUCGCUCAUCCAUGGCUGCUCGCCUCCAACAUAGACCGUGUCCGGGCAAUGGUGGCACAUGCCGAAGAUAUUGGUGUGCCUCGUGGCUCUAGGAUGUUCAGGCACGCCAUUCUGGCUCCGCACGCGAUGCGGGCUGUUAAAUUCCUCAGCAAGGAGAAAAUCGCCGCCAAAGCGGGGCACUUGAAGAAGGCGUUCAGGUGGUCUGAUGCUGAGGUGGGCAUUGCUUUGUCCAAGCUUCCAUCUGUGCUGACAAGGUCUAACCAGACGCUGGAGAGCAAGUCAGAGUUCCUAAUCUCUGAGGUGGGGUUUGAACCAGCAUACAUUGCUCAUCAUCCGGCAUUGCUCACGUACAGCCUGGAGGGCCGGAUCAUACCCCAGUACUAUGUUGUUAAGUUUCUUAAGGAAAAUGGACUGCUGGAUCACAACCGGAGCUACUAUUCUGCAGUCACUCUGAUGGAGAAAGUAUUCGUGGACAAGUACAUAUGCCCUCACAAGGAAGUUGCACCAUACCUUGCUGAAGACUAUGGUGCCGCUUGCAGAGGGGAGGUGCCGACUAGAUUCAAAUUUACAUGAAAAUUGGUAACAGUACGGCACAACAAAUUUUUUACAUUCCGUGUUAUGCUAUUCAUUCCUGAUUUGGUGUUCUUGGCCUAACUGAAUUGUAGUUGUCUGCUAUUGAUAAUCUAUUGUAUGUUUGUUACAUGCUGAUUUGAUGGUGCUAGUCUAGGAUGAAAUUGGCAAUUUGAUUUGAGAGUAUUGGUAUGCUCAUUAUGACAUUCAAUUAGAGAAGAAAGCAUC